AUGGACCCAUCACGAGUGAUAACAUUUCUCUGUCCAGCCCCAGAUGCCACCUCCCUGCGGUUGUGCCGGGCAGAGGCAUUCACAGCACUGGGGCAGCACCCGCAGGCAUUGGAGGACCUGGACGCUGUGUGCAGGGCUGAGCCUGGACAGCACGAGGGUUUCUUCAGGAAAGGGAAGGUGCUUCUGGAGAUGGGACAAAGAGCGGAAGCCCUGCUGGUGUUGGAACACUGCCUGACACUCAAUCCCAACUUCCACCCUGCUCGGAAAGAGAUGGAGAAGAUCCUCAUGCAAGAGGAUGCUCCCCAGGCAUCCCUAUGCACGGUUGCUGCACGCCCGGGUGAUACUCAUCAGGGCUCAACUGGUCCCCAGGUUGAUGGGGGGAGCCCUGUGCUCCCAUCUUCUGCACAAGCCCAGGAGGAAGAGCCAACGGAUGGUAGAGGGGAUGCUGGGUCUGAGCACAGCCAGGGAACAGCCACCCUUUCCCAGCCAGGGCAAGAAGAAGAACCGGAGGCUACAGCAGAGAGGCAAGGCCAGUGGCUGGUAGACAACGAGGAGGAAACAACAGGAGCAAAGUGUACCCAGCCAUGCUGGGAGCUGCUGAGUGUGUCUGACAUGGAGUGCUCCCUCUGCAUACGGAUGUUCUUUGAGCCGGUGACGACGCCGUGUGGGCACACCUUCUGCAAGGAGUGCCUCGAGCGGUGCCUGGACCACCGGCCCAACUGCCCCCUCUGCAAACAGAGCCUGAGAGAGUACCUGAAGGCUGGAAACUACAACCCCACCGUGCUGCUGCAGGACAUCAUACUGGCCACCUUCCCCUCAGAGCUGGCCGAGCGCCGGGACCUGCACCAGGCUGAGAUGGCAGAGCUCUCCAACCUGACCAAGAACAUCCCCAUCUUCGUGUGCACGAUGUCCUUCCCAGGCAUCGCCUGCCCUCUGCACGUCUUCGAGCCUCGAUACCGCCUUAUGAUCCGGCGGUGCCAGGAGACCGGCACGAGGAGGUUCGGCAUGUGUAUAUAUGAGCAUGGGAAAAGUUUUGCUGACUAUGGCUGCAUGCUGGAGAUACGGCAGAUCGAGCUGCUGGCGGAUGGGAGGUCCUUGGUGGACACCAUUGGACGGCGGCGGUUCCGGGUGCUGAGCCGUGGGCACAGGGAUGGCUACAACACUGCCGACAUCGAGUACCUGGAGGACAGGAAGGUGGCUGGGGAGGAGCUGCAGGAGCUGCAGUGUCUGCAUGAAAGCACCUACCGCUUGGCUCAGCAGUUCUGUGAGCACCAAGACCUUGCCUCCAGGCACAUUUUGAUGCAGCAUGGACCGCUGCCAGAGAAGGAGGAGGAUAUCCAGGCUUCGGCAGAUGGCCCGACGUGGUGCUGGUGGCUCAUCUCCAUCCUGCCCCUUGACCCGUCCUACCAGCUGAACCUCUUCUCCACCACGUCGCUGCGCGCCCGCCUUACGCAGCUGCAGCGCAUCCUGGCCACACUGCUGCAGCAGCCCCCCGAGCACAGCCCCUGGGGCCGUGUCUGA